AGAUACUGACAAAACCGUCAAGCAUAGUGUCUAUAAUUGUGACUUGCGUGUCUAAGAACGGCAACAGGAUAAAAGUAAUAUGGUAAGAUUUUUUAUUUAUUUAGUAGGUAUUUAAUAUUAACCUAACGAUUUUUAAUUGCUGGAAUUGUUUCCAUUUCAGGGGAAACAGCGUAAGACAAGAAAAAUUGUUGAAAGGAGAUUCGCGAAAAUGAAAAAAAUGAUUAACCCUAGUGAUGGCCGCAUUAAAGCUUCAGAAAGAUCGGAACCGAAGAAGAAAAAGCCAGUGGACCCACAUGAGAUGAAGAUUCGGGAAGUACCACAAGCAAGCUCAGCUUUAUUUUUUCAGUACAAUACACAAUUGGGGCCUCCAUAUCACAUACUCAUUGAUACAAAUUUCAUCAAUUUUUCUAUAAAAAAUAAACUAGACAUAGUACAGAACAUGAUGGAUUGUCUAUAUGCAAAAUGUAUACCUUACAUUACAGACUGUGUAUUAGGUGAAUUAGAAAAAUUAGGGAGAAAGUAUCGUGUUGCAUUAAGAAUAAUAAAAGACCCACGAUUUGAGCGUAUUGCAUGUCUACAUAAAGGUACCUAUGCUGAUGAUUGUAUAGUUCAAAGAGUUACACAACACAAAUGUUACAUAGUUGCAACUAAUGACAAAGAUUUAAAAAGAAGAAUAAGAAAGAUACCUGGUGUUCCAAUCAUGUAUGUGGCACAGCAUAAAUACACUAUAGAAAGAAUGCCAGAUGCAUAUGGUGCUCCAAAAGGAGCAAUUUGAUCAUUGAAUAAAAUAAAAUUACUUAAUCUAUGUUUGUAUUUAUUUUAAAUAUUAUUAGGUUUUAAAAAGUUCCUUAUACAUAUAAAAUUAUGUUCGUUAUGAGUUUCUCAUAAUUGUUUUAUAUCACUAAUAGAGCAAGUCUAAUUUAUCCAAAUAGUUUACACAAUACUAUAUAGUUGAGUUCAAUGCACUUGGAGACCCAACUACAUCAAUGAUUUCUCCCAUUGGCUUGGUUUCUCCAUCAGUUGCAUUACAUAUUGAAGCUGGUAUUGUGAGGGUCUGAAAUCUUUCCUGGAUUGAGAGCUUCAUAUUGAUGUCUCAAUGCUUGUAGAUCAAAUUCACAUGCAACUAGUGCAUUCUUCAAAUCCAAAGCAAGUGCAAGAUCAGAUCGGAGUUCAUUGAAGUGCUUGCAUAUUGCCUCUGUUGGUGUAGGAGCAAUAUCUGAAACGGCAUCAAAGAAUUGACAUAAACAUUGUUAAAGAACAACAAAGUUUGGAUUACAACAAGUAAAUAAGACAAAUCCCACAUACCAAUAUUCAUUUGGCGUAAUUCUUGUUCAAUAGCUUUAGUUUUCCUUUGCCCAACCCCAGGAGGAAGUUUCAUACGUUGCGACCGGAGCCAGACACCUGUACUACGAGCCUCAGGGAAUUUGAUCCCUGACCACUCUACAGUCUAA